AAGUAGAUGGGCGUGACUUCGCCAGGCUGUCGGCAGGCUAAAGCUCCCCCAGUCACAUCUGUGUUUUUGUCUGCUCUAACAAGGAUGUCUAAGGGAGUUAAACGUUGUGCUGUUGUUGGUUGCAAGAAUCGGGACAUGGGCAAGGUACUGCAUGCAAUGCCAUCCCUGGAAAAAUACAAGAAUCUGUGGCUAGAGUUCAUUUUCCAGGGACAUGUGCCUGAAGACUCCAGCAGAUGUCUGCUUCUAUGUUCACAACAUUUUACCCCGGACAUGUUUAUGAACUUAAAUCAAGUCAAAGAAGGAUAUGCCUCCAGAUUAAGGCUAAAACCGGGAGCAAUACCCACCAUCCAGGACCAGGCCAGUGAGGCCACAUCCAAUUUGGAAGCUGCCAGCACCUCACAUACUAGCUGCAGAUUACCUGUGAUGAUAGAUUCUGCAUGUCAGACUGACCCACCGAAGCACCGUACUGUUCGUACACAGCUAUCAUUUAGCACUCUUCGAGGUUCACGUCGAAGUACAGCUGUCCAGACUAUAGAUUCCAGCAACUUUGAUGUAUGGACAUCAAAUGUUCUCGAGGCAGCGCCCUCUUUUAUAUCCACCCCUACAGAGAGACCAUCAAAGAGACGUCGUGUGGACCCUGAGGAAGAAGAAGAAGAGGAGGAGGAUGGCAGCUUCUCCGUGGUGGCUUCAGACGGGCUGGAUGAUACCUAUGACCCAGCAGAGUCUGUCACAAAUGAUACAGAAAAAACAGACAUGUUUGGUAAAGAACACAUUCCCUAUAACAUCAAGACAUACAUAGUGUAUGAGACCUGCAUCAUGGAGCUUUUCGAAAUGUGUCCUGCGUGCCAGCGAGUGUGUGAUGUUCAAACUCGAAGGAUGGGUACAUUUCUAUCAGUGGAGCAGCUGUGCCCUCAUUGUCAGUUUUCCAGACUGUGGAAUAGCCAGCCUAUUGUACGGAGUACUCCAGCUGGGAACCUACAGCUUUCCACUUCAGUGUACGUCAAUGGAGAGUCUUUCUUCAAACUUGAAAAGGUCUUGAAAGCAAUAAACCUACAGAUUUUCGAGUACGACACCUUCCUAAGGCAUGCCAAAAUGUUCAUCGAGCCAGCUAUCGUGUCAAACUUUAAGACAUCACAGGAAAUGAUGCUUCGGCGGCUCAGUGAAGAGGACAAGAUUAUACCUGGCGGUGACUUGAGGGCAGACUCUCCUGGCCACUCUGAAAGGUCAGGCAGCCACACCACGAUGGACCUCAAGACCAACAAUGUUGUUGACAUCCCGUUGGUUAAGAGCGAUGAGGUUGGUGGAAGCUGUCAGAUGGAAAAAGAAGGUCUGGAAAGGGGUCUGGCGUUGUUGCAGGAGCAUGGUGUGACUCUGGUUUGCAUUAUCAAUCACCGUUGACUAGGGGUGUAACGGUUCACAAACAUUUCUGUUCGGUUGCCUUGAUGACUUGAUGGCCCUCAUCUUUGAUGAAAACUUUGUGGACCCGGCACCAUUCAAAGAGGAGAUUUUGAAGGUCACCAUCACAGAGGACCUGUGUGCUCAGGAGGAACGGCCUGUCAAGGAGGAGGUCAUUGAAAGCUUUGUCACCCAAGUCAAGACAGAGGCUUUCUGAAUCCUGCAUAAAGGUUUUGGGGCUCAGGAAACUGCAGAUCCUGAGUACUACACGGGAAGGAAUGAUGACUCUGAUCCUGCGUCUCAGGAAGCCCUAGCACCUGCUCACAAAACCCUUUAAGGCUGGAUACUGGUUACGCCUGCAAGAAUUGCUCGGUCAAAAGAUCACUGAAACAUCUACCUUUUGAUGUGUUUAAAGCUACAUGUAUUCUUUUAUGGGUUAAGUGAACCUUUUUUUGUAGAUGACCGAGACAAGUUGUAAAGUGGGACAAAUGAGGUAAAAACACUGCAGUUUUAACUUCCAUUUGGAGUUAUGACAAUAAAGGCUUUACAGUUUCUAUAAAA